UUAUGUAAAAACAUUAAGACACGUUUUAUGCGGGCAACUGUGUGGCUAUAUUCCAAAAGAAUGAGAUUUACCCGUUUUUCAAAGCGUCUAAAUUUAGACGUAAAUAAGAGACAGAGAACAUCACGUAGGAUCUUCUAGAAGACGUCACCGCUUAUGCUGAACACAUUCUUAUACUAAUAGCUUGAAUAAUAUGGCGGAAGAAGACGAAACCUGUAUUCCAGAGGACCCCAUUCUCCGUCAAAUAGCAGACUGUAUAUGCACAUACGCAUCUCUUGACGAAAUACGUAUGUUGCUCAGUGAAGGAGUGGACGUAAACGAGCCACUUGAUCAUGGACGCAGGCUUCUGCAGUUCGCUGUUUAUCAUAGGCACGUGGAUGCUAUGACAUUGUUGUUAGUCCGAGGAGCCCACCCAUCCCUGAUGGACGAAAAAGGUUACACUCCCAUGCAUAAUGCUGCUCAGAUAGGCUUUUGCAACGUUAUCAGAAUCUUGCUCAGCUACAAUGCGCGGGUGAACUUCACAAAACUUUUGCCCGGGGAUAUCGGAUACUGCUAUCCACCAAGAGCAAGUCCAGCAGAAGAACCACUGCGUUUAGCGUUGAAGAAUGGCUAUCUCAAAGCUGCUGAACUUUUACUGAAGCAUGGAGCUAAUCCAAAUGCGGAGUAUUAUUCAGGAUUUGAAAUUAAUUUUAUAGACCCUACAGAUGUCAAAGCUGUUGAAUUGUUGUUGCAAUAUGGAGCAAAUCCCAAUGCAAGAGACAGGCAAGGAAUAACACUGCUGAUGAAGGCUUGCCGAAACCCCGGAGGAUUAGAAUGUGCAAAAAUACUGAUUGCUCAUGGAGCUGAUGUCAAUGCUAUAACAGACGAAGAGCAAAGAACUCCAUUACACUGUGCUGUUUUAAGCGGUAACAUAAAAAUUGUUGAGUUACUGGUCGCCAAGGGUGCACAAGUGAAAUUGCCACCUUAUUACACGAAGCCACCACCAUUCUUCUUUGCUUUGUUAAAAAGUGACUUUAGCAUGAUGAAAUAUUUGAUUGAGCUUGGAACAGAUAUAAACCAAGGAUCUGCAGUAGUUGGUUCAUGCCUACACGUGGCUCUAACUGAGUUGGGAGAAAGCAAAGUGGCAGUUGUUCGAUUUCUUUUAGAAAAUGGUGCUGACCCAAACGCCAUUUUGACUCUAAAUGGAAGAACAGUCCUGAAACCUCCUUUGGGUGAAUAUCUCGUUUCAGUCACGAAUCACAACAUCAACAUUGUACGCAUGCUUCUCAGGUAUGGAGCCCGUGUCGUUUUGAUGGGACAAAGACAGCACCCCCUGGGCAUCCUACUAGGCAUACAUCACAUAGAUUCCAGAAAUAACGACGAACUUUUGGAACUUGUGGCAUCAGCAGCUGAGGCGUUUUGUGUGAGUUUAAUAGACAAUUCAUUGUUGAUGAGUAAAAGGCACAAGCUUGUGCUUCUGCAAAGAGCUCUAACUCCAUUACCCCUGAAGCAUUGUGCUCGUAUUGCUUUAAGAAACUAUUUAGGUUGGGGGCCAAAAUUAAUCGAAUCUGUUGAUGCUUUAUACUUACCUAUAGUAUUGAAACGUUAUCUUUUAUAUGAAGACUAGAAUAAAAAAUUUAAUUUUGUAUGUGUGUGUACGAGGCAUACUUAUUCAAUAACUACAAUAAAGGAACUUGAUUUUUUUCUUUC